CCGGAAGUGAUUGAAAAAGAUCCGGUAAGCAUGUUUGGUGUCGUGAGAAAAGGUUUUGCCUCUUCUUUUGCAGUUGUGCAACAGGUUUGUCUGAAUAAUCUGUUGAAGUUUGUGCCCUCGUCACCAAUCAAGACGACUGUGAGAACAUACUAUGCUGACUGGCGGAUGUUACGAGAUGUUAAAAGACGAAGAAUGGUUAAGCAAUAUGCUUCACAAAGAGUCCGACUUAACUCUCUGAGAAAAAAUACUAUUUUACCCAAAGAGUUACAAGAGAUUGCGGAUCAAGAGAUUGCAGCGUUACCGAGAGACAGUUGUCCAGUACGCCUAGUUAAGCGGUGUGCCAUCACCUCAAGACCUAAAGCAGUAUCAAGACGAUGGCGUCUUAGUCGUAUUCAGUGGCGUAUUUUAGCAGACGCUAAUCAACUUCCAGGAGUUAUCAGAUCAAUGUGGUGAUGCACGUUCGUUGACUUUUUAGGAGUAUUUAUGCAAGGAUAGACGAUGUACACAUUUUAUUGACACAUUACCUACUGAAAGCAGCCUCCGAUAAAUGUGGAAAUAAAUGACGUCGACAGGCGAUGUGUUAAGCAUGCAAUGAUAAUAUGGUUGAUGUUGGGCAUUAUGAUCAUUCGUGUUCUUGAUGUUAUCGUCAUAUUUUCAGUCAAAGUACCCAAAUUUAACUACUGUAGAACAUGUUGAAAUAGCUGCAUGCAAUUUUAGCAGACUUUUGGCAUAAAUUAACAGAAUCUUAAUUUAGCUAAAGUGUUGACUAAAUUAGUUAAAAUAACAUGGCAUGCUAGCUAAAAAGACAUGUUUUACAGUAUGUUUCUUUUCUAAAAUGAACAGGUUACCAUAACCUAAACUUAGGGUAAAUCACAAUAUACUAGUACUAUUGAACCCCAGGGUCCUUAAUCGGAGUAACGCUAUCGUCAGAACUGUGCAUGUGUAUGUGGACGGCUCACAUAACAACAAAUGUUUAUUUAUUAAUGGCCGUUCUUAAAUAAGUGAUUUCCAUUUACUGUAAGAUCUCAUCUAUUGCGUAAAAAGGCACAGACAAAACGUCUGGCACAAAUAUUAAAUAAUUUGAUUUCAAACUUGAAUUUCUCAUUAAAUGUGCAUAGUACAUUAUUCCCAUGCAAUGUUUUGAUGUCACUAAGACAUUGUUAUCUUUGUUUGUCAUGUUUUCACCUUAAAUUUCAUGCUUAGCAUAGAAUCUUGUAAGGGAGGGAAAAUGGUUAUUAACAGUUUACUGUACGUUUCUUCAUGGUGAUAAGUUAUAGUAUACUCAGAGAUAUUAAUUCUAAUAAACUGCCACAUUUGGAAGUUUAAGAGAAGUAGCAUUCAGUUGAUAAUGUUUCUAUUCCUGUAUUCAUUUAUGCCAUUAAUGGUAGCCAUUUUUCAUGUCGGUAUAAGCAUGCUGAAAUGUAAAUUAGGUUUUUUCAAAAUAAAACUUGAACCUA